AUGUCUCUCUCCGACGAUCAUUUAUCAUCUCCGACGAAGAAGAAUCAACAACCUCCUCAAGGUGCAUCUUUCUUGUCAUCCAAGGAAACGGAGAAGAAGAGUGAGACGAGUACGAGCCAAGAAACACAAGCGACGAAUGUUCUUCCGUUGAACAGAGAUGAAGAAGUCUUGAAGUAUCGAUAUGGCUCGUUCUGGGAAAACCCAAAUUACUACGGAAGUGAUAACAUCGUUACGAACAGUACUGGAAACCUCUUGAAUCCUUCUGGUGGCAUGCUCGGAGGGAACAUAGGCUCACAAAGAGAUCCUCAUGAUUCGAUACAGAUGAAUCCUACCUCUGGAGAGUUCGAGAACAACAAUGACCAGUCUUUCUUGAAUCUUGAAGAUUCCGAUGCGCCAAUGUUGCCAUUGCACAACCCUCAAAGUGAAAUGGGUGAAGAAGGAUAUGGUACAAACACUUGUGAACUCCAGAGUAACAUUUCUCUUCCUCCUUGUGGAAGCAUUGAAUCAAUGAUGAAUGCAAAAAGAGCUAGAGAAGAGAUUAAGAUGGUCCCUAACCCUAGGCCUAGAGUUGUCAACAGAGAACAAUGGCCCAUCAAGAGGAUACUGAACCUGACCGAUAUUAGCCUUACUGCUUGCCGUCUUAGGCUGCCCAGAAGUUCCCUUGAGCCCUACUUUCAGAACCAUCUCCCUGAAGCAAUUUUGCAAAAGUUAGCCACAGAUAAGCCCGGAAUCACUGUAAACGUGUAUGACCAUGACACGGAGACAACUCAUAAGAUGUGUCUCGUACUCCAGAGUAACCACUAUGUGCUAAGGGGUGACUGGCGAAAAGCUUUUAUCACAAGAAGAGGCUUGAGGGAAGGACAAGAGAUUGGAAUGUUCUGGAAUGCUACUGAUUCUAUGCUUCAUUUUACCGUUCUUGAUUACGCAAACGGAAGAGCUCUCGCAGAAGAAAAGAAGCGAAAAAUCCACUAA